AUGGUGGCGACGACCACCACAACGGCAGUCGAUGCCACUGCCUCGGCGUCGGCGUCGGCAGAGGCAGCGGCAGCGGCGGCGGCAGCGGCGGCGGUGAAGGCUUCGGCAGAGAACAUCAGUGCAGCCAAUCUGUUGCUCGAGUCAAAGAAAAAGAAAAAGAAAAAGAAGACAAGAGCAUUCAAACUUCCGCGCGCGGGAGAUGCGCCAGUCAAAGACUGGCUCGCCUACCUCGAGCGAAAAAAGUCUGCCUCUCCCGCCGUUCGCUUCUCGCUCUUUGAGCGCGCUGUGCGCCAGCUGCCCGGCAGCUUCAAGCUCUGGGUGCGCUAUCUGCGUGAGCGUAAGGCCCUGGUCGCUACCGUGGCUCCCACCGACCCAGCACGCCGAGCUACCUACGACACUUUCCGCCGCGCCAUGGUUUUCAUGCACAAGAUGCCGCGCAUCUGGAUCGAGUACCUCGAACUCAUGAUGGAGUCGGGCCUCAUCACGGAAACGCGUCGCACCUUUGACGAAUGUCUUCGAGCUUUGCCCAUCACUCAACACCACCGCAUCUGGCCCCUCUACCUCAAGUUUGUGCGACAACCUCACAUUCCCACCGAGACUGCGUGCCGCGUGUAUCGCCGCUACCUCAUGAUUGAGCCAAAUGACGCCGAGGAGUUUGUCGACUAUCUCGUCUCCGCCAAGCGCUACGAAGAGGCUGCUGCCAUUUUGAUUGAGGUGCUCAACAAGGAGAAAUACGUGAGCAAGCAGGGUAAAUCACACCACCAGCUCUGGCUGGAGCUCUGUCAGCUCGUCAGUGAGCACCCCGAUGGUGUUCGCAACAUCAAGGUCGAGCCAAUCAUUCGCGGUGGCUUGCGCAAGUUCUCAGACAUGAUUGGCCAGUUGUGGUGCGCGCUGGCGGCGUAUCAUAUCCGCCGUGGCAGCUUCGAGAAGGCCCGGGACAUCUACGAAGAGGCUAUUCAGACCGUGCAGACCGUGCGCGAUUUCAGUCAGGUCUUCGAAGCCUAUGCUGAAUUCGAGGAGCAGUCUCUCACUGCCCUCAUGGAGCAAAUGGGCGAAGAGGGUCUUGAUGGUAACGAGGAGGUCGAGUGGCGCAUGGCGCGCUACGAACAGCUCAUGGAGCGCCGACCCCUGUUGCUGAGCAGUGUUCUGCUGCGCCAAAACCCCCACAAUGUGGACGAGUGGCACAAGCGCGUUGCCCUCUUCUCCAGUCAGCCCUCCGAAAUGAUCCUGACGUAUCGCGAUGCCGUCAAGACGGUCGAUCCCAGCAAGGCCACUGGCAAGGUGCACACGCUGUGGGUCGAGUUUGCCCGCCUGUACGAGGCCACUUCGCUUGAGGAGGCGCGCAAGGUGUACGAGCGGGGUGUUCAGGAGCCCUUUCGCAAAGUCGACGAUUUGGCAGAGCUGUGGUGUCAGUAUGCCGAGAUGGAGCUGCGCCACAAGAAUUUUCAGCGUGCUGUCAAUGUCCUUCGUCGAGCAACAGCAAUGCCGUCCAAGAAGCAGCUGGUGGAUGAGUCUGGUCGACCCUCGGUCCAGGCUCGUGUGCACAAGAGCUUGAAGCUGUGGUCAAUGUAUGCCGACCUUGAGGAGUCUAUCGGCACACUCGAGGGCACCAAAGCCGUGUACAACCGCAUGCUCGAGCUCCGCGUGGCCACACCACAGGUUAUCAUCAACUUUGCAACCUUUUUGGAAGAAAACAAAUACUUUGAGGAGGCGUUCACGGCCUACGAGCGCGGCGUAGCCCUCUUCAAGUGGCCCAUCGUUUUUGAAAUCUGGAACACCUAUCUUGCCAAGUUCAUCAAGCGCUACGUGAGUCAACUCCACCUUGUCCAGGCCUUGACGCAACAACAAUCGUGCCCCCUCAUCAUAUACAGCGCCAGACCAUACCUCUGUCUGCUUGGACUCACUCAAUUUGUUCGUACCCCCCUGGUAUCCCGUUUCAAAAUUGGUCAGGGCGGCGAUAAGCUCGAGCGCACUCGUGAACUUUUUGAGCAAUGCCUUGAGAAUAUUCCUGCCAAAUUUGCCAAGGUCAUCUAUCUCAUGUAUGCAGACUUUGAGGAGAAAUAUGGAUUGGGCCGUCAUGCAAUGGCCGUGUAUCAGCGAGCUACACAAAAGGUCCCCAGCGAGGACCGCUUCGAGAUGUGGCAGCUGUACAUCAAGCGUGCUGCGGCCCUUUUUGGCGUGGUCUACACCCGCGAGCUUUUCGUUGCCGCGCUUGAAGACACUCUUUUGUCUGACAAGGACAUGCAAGCCAUGGCCAUGGACUUUGCUUCUCUGGAGACCAAGCUCGGCGAGGUGGAUCGCGCACGCGCCAUUUACUCACACACUUCACAGUACUGUGAGCCCAAGUCCGCCAAGAAGUUUUGGGACGCUUGGGAAGACUUUGAGGUCCGCCACGGAAAUGAGGACACCUACCGCGAAAUGCUGCGCAUCAAGCGCUCGGUCGCCGCUCAGAGCAACACGUCUUCCAACGUCAACGUGUUUCGUGCAGCGGAGGAGGCUGCCCGUGCCUUGCGGGAUGGUGGCAACGCGAUGGCGGCCGCCGAAUCGGAAGCAGCUGCCCGUGCUGCUCCCCAGCAAACGGCCUUUGUCAAGGCUGGUGGUGCGCCGGCGGGCAACCGUGACGAGAUCGACCUUGACGACGACGACGACGACGACGAAGAAGAAGAUGGAAAUGCAACCGAGACUGCUACCAAUAAUGUCGACAUUGAGGAGAAGGCUGUGCCCGACGAGGUUUUUGGUGGCAUCGGCGCCAAAGCUCUGUUGAGUCAAAAGUCGGCCUAA